UUGGUUAAUUCGUUUUGGCGCUCAUGGAUUCUGUAGCGCCCCCAAAGUGGGCGGAGUUAGAGAGAGCGGAGAGAAAGCGGGUUUGAAUAGUUACAGCAACGGAAAUAUUGAACAUUGUAAGACAACUUCAUUUUAUUUUCUGUUAUUUUAACUAUCUCCUUCAGAGUUUACUCGAAGGGACCUCGAAGCGCGGAGAGCUUGGAAAGGAAACCGGGCCGAAAAGAGCUUUGUUGGCUUUGUUUAGCGAGCUUGCCGGUAUCGGAGGUGAAGCGACGCCUCUUUCAUAGCUUUAGUUAGCCGAGUUAGCUUAGCUUAGUUUAGCUUAGCUAACUGCUAAUCUACAUCCGACGGCUUCGUUUACAGUCUGAACCCCGAAUAUCUGAGUGUUUCAUGUGGACUAGACUUCUGAAGGUAUGACAAACACACGGAAGCGCCGUGUGGUUACAGCUGGAGUAGCGAAAUCAGGGAAACCAUGGGCUUGACUGGGAAGAAAUCGGAGAAAGGCCCAGUGUGCUGGAGGAGGAGAGUGAAGUCCGAGUACAUGCGCUUACGCCAGCUGAAACGCUUCAGAAGAGCAGAUGAGGUUAAGAGCAUGUUCAACUCCAACAGACAGAAGAUUAUAGAGCGCACUGACAUUCUCAAUCAGGAGUGGAAACUACGGCGGAUUCAGCCAGUGCACAUCAUGACACCCGUGAGCUCGUUACGUGGAACGAGAGAGUGCACAGUAGAUAGUGGCUUUGCAGAGUUCUCCAGACAAGUCAUUCCUCUUAAAACCUUGAAUGCUGUAGCUUCUGUACCUGUGAUGUAUUCCUGGUCACCACUCCAGCAAAAUUUCAUGGUUGAAGAUGAGACUGUUUUGCACAACAUCCCUUAUAUGGGAGACGAGAUCCUGGACCAGGAUGGCACUUUUAUUGAAGAGCUUAUUAAAAACUACGAUGGCAAAGUUCACGGAGAUAGAGAAUGUGGCUUUAUAAACGAUGAGAUCUUUGUGGAGUUGGUGAACGCUCUCAAUCAGUACAGUGACAAUGAAGACGAUGACGACGAAGAGGACCAGCAUGAUUACAAAUUAGACAACUGUGACGCAAAAGACAUUGCUGAAGAUCCUCGCAAGGACCAGCUUCUUAACUCCGCGAGUCGAAGCAGUGACUUUUCAAAAAAGUUCCCGUCUGAGAAAAUCUUUGAUGCCAUCUCCUCUAUGUUCCCUGAUAAAGGAUCACCAGAAGAGCUCAAAGAGAAGUAUAAGGAGCUGACUGAGCAGCAGCUCCCAGGCACCCUUCCCCCUGAGUGCACGCCCAACAUCGACGGCCCAAACGCCAAAUCAGUCCAGAGAGAGCAGAGCUUGCACUCCUUCCAUACGCUCUUCUGUCGGCGUUGCUUCAAAUACGACUGCUUCCUUCACCCUUUUCAUGCAACUCCAAACACAUACAAACGCAAGAACUUAGAGAAUAUGGUGGACAGCAAGCCAUGUGGCAUUGAUUGCUACAUGUACCUGGUUCAAGACAGCAUGGUGAAGGAGUAUGCAGCUGGUGUGGUGGCUGAGCGAGCAAAAACCCCGCUGAAACGUUCAGCAACCAGACGCAGAGGCAGAAUUGCCAAUAGCAGCAGCAGGCCAAGUACACCAACAGUGAACACAGAGACUAAAGACACGGACAGCGACCGAGAGGGAGGGACUGACACCAACGACAGCAACGAUAAAGACGAUGAGGACAAGAAGGAUGAGACUACUAGCUCUUCAGAGGCGAAUUCCCGCUGCCAGACUCCUGUGAAACUGAAGAUCCCCGAUCCUCCUGAGAACGUGGACUGGAGUGGCGCAGAGGCCUCCCUUUUCCGCGUCCUCAUUGGCACUUACUACGACAACUUCUGUGCCAUCGCUCGCCUCAUUGGCUCUAAGACCUGCAGACAGGUAUAUGAGUUCAGGGUAAAGGAAUCCAGCAUCAUUGCACGUGCACCUGCUGAAGAUGAAGACACACCUCCAAGAAAGAAGAAGAGGAAACACAGGUUGUGGGCUACACACUGUCGAAAAAUCCAGCUAAAGAAAGAUGGCUCGUCCAAUCACGUCUACAAUUACCAGCCGUGUGACCAUCCGAGGCAACCAUGUGACAGUUCCUGCCCCUGUGUCACUGCUCAAAACUUCUGUGAGAAGUUCUGCCAGUGCAGCUCAGAGUGCCAGAACCGUUUCCCGGGCUGCCGCUGCAAGGCUCAGUGUAACACAAAGCAGUGUCCGUGUUACCUGGCCGUGCGUGAGUGCGACCCUGACCUCUGUCUUACCUGCGGAGCUGCUGAUCACUGGGACAGCAAAAAUGUCUCAUGCAAGAACUGCAGCAUUCAGAGAGGAGCCAAGAAGCACUUACUAUUGGCACCAUCUGACGUGGCGGGAUGGGGCAUCUUCAUCAAAGAGCCGGUUCAGAAGAACGAGUUCAUUUCGGAGUACUGUGGAGAGAUCAUCUCCCAGGACGAGGCUGACCGCAGAGGAAAGGUCUAUGACAAAUACAUGUGUAGUUUCUUGUUCAACCUCAACAACGAUUUUGUUGUUGAUGCAACUAGGAAAGGCAACAAGAUCAGGUUCGCCAAUCACUCCGUCAACCCCAACUGCUAUGCAAAAGUUAUGAUGGUUAAUGGGGAUCACCGAAUAGGCAUUUUUGCCAAGAGAGCCAUACAAACCGGGGAGGAGCUUUUCUUUGACUACAGAUACAGUCAAGCUGACGCUCUCAAGUAUGUGGGCAUCGAACGUGAAAUGGAAAUUCCAUGAAUCCGUCUACCUCUGGAACAAAUGCCUUACGCUCUUCAGGAAUUUUCUGUCCACAUGCCGUUUCAAAACGUUUCAAUACUGUUUUUUUUUUUUUUUUUUUUUUUUUUAUAGGACAAGGUGAUCUGCCAACUUGGAUAUUUCUAGUAGUUUUUUAUACUUCAGUCUUUUUCUGACAUUAUUUUUCUCGACCAACAGGCCUACUCUGGGAAUUCACUUUUUAACAGCAACUUGAAUAUUCACUUGUUUACAGCUUCAAGUUUAGUAGAGAUCCGUCAGUCUAACGGGCUGUUUGUUUUCCACUUUUCCCGAACUUUUUAUUAGAAUUUUUGUCUCUCGACCUUUGGACCAAACUGACAGUAAACCACAUGUUCAGCACCAGUUUAUUAGGUACUAAAUCUGUAUAUGGGCUGAUUUAUACUGGGUUUGCAAAGCUGCAGACAUCGUGCACGAAUAAUUGCACAUAAUAUGAGCGAGUGCACCCAGGGUCGGUGGUGCAUGUCCAAAAAAUAUUAAAAAAAAAGAGUUCCAAGGGUUUGGAUUUCACUGUAGUACAGAGGCAGCAACGUACUGGAGGUGAUGGAGAUAUUUUGCUGUUCACGCUGUAUUUUUUACGUUUGGGACACAUAUUAUGCUAAAAUUUCUCUCUUAAGCUAAACCCACACUUUUUUAUUUUUUUUUCCAGAGAAUUCACUAUUACUACUCGUUGUUUUGUAAUAAUUUGCAGAUGAUUGUAUAAGUAGGGUAUACAGCACUUGGGGAGGUGCUGUUCUAGGAAAUACUCAACAUUGGGGUGAUGAUGUGCUGCCUGACAUGAAGAGGAUUUACUGUUACUCCCCUGAAGUUGAAUAUUUUCCAGAAAAUAGCAUGUGCCAAAGUGUUUUAUUCCUCUAGUACUACUGCAGUUUGCUAGUCAUGACCAUUUUUAAAAAAAAAAAAAAAUUUUUUAUUUAUUUGUAACACGUUGUACAUUUUAGUCAUUUAUAUUUGCAGCUAAUGUUGUGGAACCAUGUAAGUUAAUUCCUGUUAUCAUUUGUUACAGCAGCUAUGAGUAGUCGUACCAUCCCCAGCCUGUUAGGGUAAUAGGUCAAAAAACAAAAACAAAAAAUAGCUAGUCAUUAGUGAGAAACCGGAAAGUAUAAAGUCAUGAAGGGUUUCCAAAACAACUACUACUACUACUACUACUGCUGGUCACAAAGCGCUGGCACUCGAGACUCCUUCCAUGAACCCUUUCACAUGCAUGCUUGCAUGCAUCUUGAUGUAUCCGUAUAAAUCAGCCCUGCCUAAUAAACCGGAGACGCACUAUCCUCCACCAGUCUUCAUCAAGUUGUGGUGUUUUUGAUCCAUAUGAAAACCAAAGUCACUUUCUCUGCUUGUCUGUCAUCACAAGCAUCUACAGCGGUAUCAUGUACUUUCUGGAGUGCCAACGCAUCCAGUUUCUGUAAAAUAAAUGAAAAACGUAAGUAUUUAAAAAAAAAAAAAAAAAAAAAGGACGAAAAACAUGUAUAGAUACAGUAUCUAACUUGCGGUGCCUUGAAAUUACACUGAAUUGUUUAGUUGUCCUAUAAUGUUGGUGAUUGUGUGUUGAGUUUGUUGUAAGCAUGAACAAAGAUUUCAAAUGGAGUCAGGGAACUUUUUCAAUGUUUUGUUUUUGUUAUUUUUUUACAAAUCUCCACGUCAUUUGAGCAGCUUUUUGCCAGACCAUCACUGUAGGUAGGAAAAGUUUGGACAGUCAGUAAGGUCUUCCUGUUGUUAACUAUUGGGUCAUCCACUAUGUACUGGCACAGUUUCUUUUUUUUGUUUUGUUUGGUUUUUUUUUU